AUGCUCCUGGAAGUGCGUGUGUGGCUCACGGUGGCCGUGCUCCUGUGCGUUCUCCUGCAGCGUCCUUCCUUCAACUGGCGUCAGGAUGAACCGCUGGAUCAGCUCCAUGAUCGUCCUGCCCAGAGAAGCUCCUGUCAAACGCACCCUUCAGAAUAUCGAGAUUCUGGUGGAAUCGACCGUCAUCGUGGUAGAUCGACUUCGCCCCAAUCAGGUUCCCACGGCCAUCGGUUGUUCCACCAGUGCUCAGGUUUCCAGCUGCGACCGACUCGUUGUCCGCGCGUGCCAGAAGCAGCAAGCACAGUCCAAUGUGCAUAA